AUGGAUCGCGAAACGGGUCAAUUGCCAAGAGUAGUGCCUACCACUUCAAGCAUUAAGAGGAUAAAAGUACUUAGUCUGGGAGAUGCUGGAGUCGGCAAAAGCUGUUUGAUCAAGAGAUAUUGUGAAGGAAAGUUUGUAUCGGAAUACAUACCUACCAUUGGAAUUGAUUAUGGUGUCAAGUCUGCAACUGUGGAAGAAGAAGAAGUCAAAGUCAACUUCUGGGAUGUAGCUGGAGAUCCUGUCUAUUAUGAAGUCAGGAAUGAGUUCUAUAAGGACACCAAUGUGGCAAGUGCUGCUGCAGUGCUAGUGUUCGAAGUAGGAUCAAAGAAGAGUUUUCAGUCACUAGAGAAGUGGGUGCAAGAGCUUAGAUCGCUCUGUGAUGAGAACAUUGCUGUGUUUCUAGUGGCAAACAAAAUUGACGUACCUGCCAGAGAGGUACCUAUAUCAGAUAGUCAAGAUUAUGCUGCAAGCAACAAUUUCCGGUAUUUCGAGGUGUCUGCUCUAACAGGAUAUCAAGUGAAUGAACUCUUUGGAGCUGUUUUCAGGACAGCCUUGUCUACAAUACCACCGUAG